AUGCCCUUUAUGUCUCGAAAGUCAGACGAGAAGCCCUCCAAUUCGUUGCAAUCGCCAAAGAAGAAAGAACCUACAUUUACGACAAAGAGAAGACGCUCCUCCACCAUUAAGGGCACCCUUUCCUCCUUUCUAGGAGCUGGACAUACUGACACACAAGCAACGACAACUGCAACGAAGCCAACGGAAACAAAACCUACUAAACCAAAAACAAAACCUGCAAAACCGAAAGCAGGAACCUCUAGUGAUUCUCGGGCACCUAAAACUAAUAAACAGCGACAAAACACAUCUAAUAGCAAUGGUAGGAGAAGUCCCACCACUUUGAAUCAUAAGGAGAUAUUAAACGAUUAUUUGGUAUCACAGGGUUUCCUGAACGCCAAACAGGUCUCUCAUAAGAACAAUAAUAAUGACCAUUUACAAAUAUCAAUGGCUACAAGCGGUGAUAAUGUCUUCUUGCCCACUGUUUCUUCCACGGAUGACGAAUAUUUGGCAAGAUUGAAUGGAUUCCAAGAUGAAGAGUACGAAGAGGACGCCGAAUUCAUGGAUAUAUUGAGUCAGAACAAUGACCCACAACCUAUAAAUAAUAACAUUAAUAAUAAUACUAAUAAUCCAACAGAUACAACCACCACAACAAAUAUUCAUGCUACUACAGAAGAUACAAUACCGGUAUCCACAUCAGCUUACGAAAUGGAUAGUUCCAUGGUGUCAUAUAACGUCGCAAUUAUCCUCUCCGUUGAUAAACAAAUAAACAUUUCAGAAUUACAAGUGGAAUUAUGUUCCAGAGUGAAAGUCUUUUGGAGUACAGGUGUGCCACCAACAAAGACGUUCAAUGAAGAAUUUUAUAACUUAGGAUCCACUUCAUGGAAUUUAACCGCUGAUAACUUCGAUUUAUAUAUUCCACCACAUGUUUCCACUAAUAAUCAGGUCAUUGCAAAUAAUAAUUCUCCAAGAACCACUCAAUUAUUCAGGAACGACCCAUUGGACCAAAGAAUGUACCUCGAUAAGACAAAAUCUAAGCAAAAGUUUCUACAUAGGAUUCCCAUGGAAACAAUAAAUGUCUUGAAACCAGGUGAUUAUGUCUUUAUAUUACCUGUAAUUUUUACAAACCAUAUCCCUGAAACCAUAUAUUUACCCUCGGCAAGAGUAAGCUAUAAAAUACGAAUAGGAGCAUUAACUUUGGAUACUCAUGAACAAAAAUCCUCAGAUUUGAAUCUGGCAACCGCAUCGACAAGCUCAUCAUCCUCAGCAUCAUCCCUAAAGAUUACAGAAAGUGAAUCUGCGCAACCAUCAAAAGGGAUUGGCAAUUCCAUAUUGAAGAAGGUUAAAAAUCAUUUACAUAUGCCCUCACAUAUCAAUAAGGACGAACAAGAAAACAAGAAUACCAAUAAUGAAAUUUUUGCUGAAGUACCCAUCAAAGUCAUAAGAACACCACCACCCAUAUCUAUCUCUACGGCAAAUAAACCAAUAUACAUCAAUAGAGUAUGGACAGAUUCAUUAGCGUAUGAAAUAUCUUUUGCCCAAAAAUAUGUGUCCUUAAAUAGUGAAGUCCCCAUUAAAAUCAAAUUGGCUCCCAUGGUUAAGAAUAUCUGUAUCAAGAGAAUUAAAAUAAGCAUUACGGAGAAAGUAACUUUUGUCAGUAAGAAUUAUGAAUUUGAAUAUGAUCAAGUGGAUCCAGUUGCUAAGGAUCCUUAUAAUCCUUAUUAUCUGGAUUUUGCUUCGAAAAGGAAAAAGGAACGUAAUUUGACUUUACUGGAGGUAAGAACAAAGGAAAAGGGAGGUCGUGCACUUCGGGAGGAAAUAGUAGAAAAUAGUUAUAAUGAUAACCUAUUGGCAUAUACCACGAUCGAUGCAGGUUCUGACAGAGACGGAGUAAACAUGGUAAGUUUGACAGAACCACUCACUUUGGAGACCAAGUUAGAAUUCCCCAAAUAUGAGGACCUAGAUAGAAGAUCUGCCAAGGUCAUACCGCCUUAUGGUGUUGAUCUUUAUUCAAAUGUGCCCAAUAGCGAAAAUGUAUCAAAUGAAAACCAUCAUAGACCUAGUGUGAUAAGUUUCCUAAGUGGUCAUUCCUCAAUGAAGAAAGGUUCAACUGAAGAAGCUGAUGAACCUGCUGGUGUGUAUGAUCCCAAAUUUCACGAAACAAAAUUUAGAACCAACUCAGGAACACAAGUAAAGCACCACACGAGGAUAAACAAGGCGAAAAGAGGAUUAUAUUUGGAUAGCUUACAUUUCAGUAAUAUUCACAGUAAACAUAAAUUGGAAAUCAUGCUAAGGAUAAGCAAACCGGACCCAGAUAAUUCUCAAAAACUAAGACAUUACGAAGUGUUAAUCGACACACCAAUAUUUCUCGUCUCUGAACUUUGUAACAGUGGUAAUAUGGAAUUACCGACGUACCACAUGGCCACUACUGGUUCAUCUGUGUCCAAUGAAACAAGGCUAACACCUCCACCCACUUUUGAAGAAGUCAUAUCAGUGCCUGGAUCUCCCAUUGGGUCCCCAAUAGGAUCACCUGAUUUGGAAGCUCAAUAUGAGGCGGAUAUUUCCUCCAUUCGUCAAUUGAGUUUAUCUAGAUCAGAUUCUGCAAGUAGCCAAGGUGGUCAAUGUGAUACGAGAAGUUCGCUGACGUUAAAUUCUUCCAGUACGGCGGGACAACUUCCGCUAGGUGAUGGAAAUCCACGCUUCAAUAACCUUGAUGUCCUAUUAUGUUCACCUUCGCCUGUUCACAGGUCUAAUACCUUACCGAAUUCAGGGAAAUCGAAGAAUAAGGACACAACAGCAUUAUUUAAAGAGGGAUAUACGCUGAAGGGUAAGACAGAGAACGACGAGAUAAGUAGACCAACGUCCCCUCCAGCUUACGAAGAGGCCACGAAGAAUCAAUAA